AUGGCCAGUGAACAAAGCACACUUGUCACAAAUUUAAGAAAAUUUGUUACUCUAGUUGAUAGAUUAAGAGAUACCGGGCUUCACAAGUAUAUUGAUUUACCUCGUAUUGCAGUUUUAGGUUCACAAUCCGCAGGUAAAUCAUCAUUACUUGAACAGAUUGUUGGUCUUGAUUUCUUACCAAGAGGAGAGGGUACAGUCACAAGAAGACCUUUGGAAAUGAGAUUGUUUUAUGUUCCAAAAGAAAAAUUAAGCAUGCCUUAUGGUGUAUUUGAGGAAAUUCCUGGAUAAAAAUUUACAGAUUUCUAAAUGGUUAAGUAAAAUAUAGAUAAAUUAACUAAUAAUGUUGCUGGUGCAAACAAGGGUAUAGUAGACAAACCUAUUGUGCUUACUAUUUACUCAUCAACUUGCCCUGAUCUUACUAUUGUAGAUUUACCAGGUAUUACAAAAAUUCCAAUUAGGGGAACUGAUCAAACCUAGGAUAUUGAAAAAAUCACUAAAGAAAUGGCAGCAAGAUACUGCAAAGACCCUAAAACUAUUAUUUUGUGUGUUAUUCCUGCUAAUGCUGAUAUUACCACUUCUGAUGGUUUGAUGAUGGCAAGAUAGCUUGAUCCACAAGGUUCAAGAACUAUUGGAUGUAUCACUAAAAUUGAUAUUAUGGAUAAAGGUACUGAUGCUAGAAGACUGCUUACUGGUGAAGAUGUAGGUUUGAAACUUGGUUAUGUUGGUAUUAAGAAUCGUUCCUAAGCUGAUAUUAAUGAAAAAAAAACUGUGUUGUAAUCUCUUGAUGAUGAAAGAAAAUUCUUCUCUACAAGUCCUAUUUACUCUUCAUUACCUUCAAGUUUACUUGGUACAAGAUCUCUUACUAAUAAGUUGACUGAUGUUCUUUAUACACACAUCAGAACUUGCUUACCUCAAAUCAUUUCUGAAAUUCAAAAGUAAAUUAAUGAAAAGGAAUAAAGAUUGAAAGAAUUAGGAACUGGUAUGCCAGAAGAGGAAAAGGAUAAGCUUAAAUACUUAUGGAAGGUCAUUAAUGAUUUCUCAACUGCUUUCAAAAAUUCAAUUAAUGGUAGUUAUGAUAAAUUAGCUACUUUUGACAAAAAUAAAUUACCUGCUGGUCAUAGAAUUAGAGUUAUAUUAACAGACUUGUACUCAGAUAUCAGAUCUUUUAAACCUACUGAACAAUACAGUGAUAUUGAUAUUAAAAAUGCUAUUAUAAAGCAUGAAGGUGACAGUAUUCCUGGUUUCCCUUCCAUUGAUGCCUUUUUAGCCUUAUUGACACCUCUACUUUAAAAAUUAAAAGACCCUGCCUUUGAGUGUGUUAAUGAAGUUUACCACGUUUUAGAGGAAAUUGCUACAAAUAUUUUAGAUAAGAUUGUCAGCAAAGUUCCUGCUCUCAAAGAAGAAUUGCAAGACAAUAUUCUUUAACAUUUCAAAAACGAAAGAGACUCUUGUAGAGAUAAAAUUGAAAGUUUGAUUGAUUCUGAAAUUGGUUAUAUUUUUACAAAUGAUGUUGAAUAUCUUACAAGCAGAGCCUCCUCUAGUGUCAAGGAUAAUCCUCCUAUUGAUCCUAAGCAACCUAUUCCCAAAAAUAACCAAGGAUAGGGAAAUUAAGCUCCUUUCAGUUAAAAUUAUUAGAGAUAAAGUGGAGAUCCCUUAGUUCAUGAAUUAAGAUAUAGACUUGACGAUUACUUUAGUCUUGUUAUGAGAGGUAUUCGUGAUUCCGUUCCUAAAUUUAUUGGAUACUUCCUCGUUAAAGCUUCAUAAUUCAAAUUAUAAUAAACCUUAUUCGAAGCAACUAACAGAAGUGAAAAAUACUUUAACUUGAUGGCUGAACCAACUCAUAUUGUUGAAGAAAGAAAAAAUUUAGCAAGUGCUGUUGAAACAUUAAAGACUUCAAUUAAAAUGAUUAGAAGAGAUCCAGACUUUUCAAGUUAUGAAAAGUAUGCUAAACCUGCUAAUGAUGUUUAAAAGGAAAGAGAUAUUGCUCUUUCUUCUAGCUCUGGUAAGAAGAAUAAUGGACCAGCUUAACCUCCUCCACCUCGCCAUUAAAACUCUGCAAAUAAUAGUAUGACAGAUAUAAAACCAAACCAAACAGGAGCUCCAUAAAAUCCCAACAAUAGCUUCUCUGGAUCAAAUUAAAAUCAACAAAAUUAAAACCGUGGAGCCAUCUUCCCUCCAGGCUAAUAGUAAAGACCAGUAGCUAAUCCUUUGGGUAAUCCUAAUCCUUAACAAGGCGUUCCACAGUAAGUAAACCCUGUGGGUACAAAACCAAACACUGGAAACGCUUUUGUUAUUGGAAACUAACCAAAUAAUCCAAAUUAAAAUAAUAAUAAUAGCAAUCCUAAUUUAAAUAAUAACAGCAAUAAUAAUGUCAACUAGCAACCAAAAACUAUGAAUCUUUUUGGAAACAAACCAAUUCCUAACUAAGGUGGUUAAGUUCCUCCUGGUGGUUAACCAGUUAACUAAGGUGGUAAUUAACCUCCUGUCUAACAGCCACCUAUGACCCAUUAGAUCGUAGAUAAAGCUGUUGAUAAAACUUUUGAAAAUCCAUAAUUUUAAAAAGGAUUAUAGAAUGCUGCUUCUGCAGGAGCCAAAUAGGCCUUUGGUAAUAACGCCAUAGGUGAAGCAGCUGGUAAAGGUGCAGCAUAAUUAGUUUAAAACUAAGCAGUAUAGGAUGCUAUGAAAGAUCAAGCUAAGUAAUAAGGCAAAGCAUAAGCUGAUUAAAAAGCUACAGAAGCAAAAGCAUCUUUCAAAUUCUGGUGA